GGUGAAGGCCAUGAAGUCUGGCUCGCGCCACCCUGACUCUAUAGCGUGGAUCUACCACGAUGAGCGUGUUCUUCUUUCUAUUUGCGUUUGUGCCACUUCUGCAUGAUCAAGCAGCCGGGCAGGCAGUUUGCCCAAACAAGACCUGGGACCCUCACAGGGACAGACAAUGGGAUCGUUGCAUUUACUACUGUCGAGAAGAAGGAGGAAGCUGGAACAUGGGCUUUUUCAACGAUGGCACCGAAUGCCGUCACACUAAAGCAGGAGAUGGCGUAUGCAAAGAAGGUUACUGCUAUAAAGAUACAUCUACCCGUAGUACUCGAACCCCUAGAAAGAACAGGACAAAGGACGGUACGACAAAUACCAUGCCCAUGACUGAAGUCACGGGCACCAAAGGCACAACUACAAAGCGAGUAAAAAAUACAAAAAAGAAGCCCUCUAGCACGCUCGUCCCAAAUAAUGCUCCUACAACAAAAAUUAUCUCAGAAACUGUGCCGAGCACUGAAUCCACGGUCACUAAAGACUUGAGCACGCAGAAUGAAACUCGUAAGAAGAAGAAAAAACCGAAGAAAAAAGAUAAAAAGAAAAAGAGCAAGAAGACGUCGACGAUAGCGAACAUAGAGUGGUAAAGCCUAGAGCUCCGAAGUAGUUUUUUUUUUCUUCAACCAAUAAAGCAUAGCAUAACCACUAAACAAUAUUUCGCUUCCAUCCUGCCUUCGCUAACUGUCAGAUGAUAUCCGAGUUUAUGAU